AUGAAGGCCAACCGACAAGAUACUACACUACGCCUACAGAUUCUAGUAUUCACUUCUCUCAAAAUGCCCGGAAAAUACGAACAUUUCAUCCUCAAGAGAUUCAGCUGGGUAAAAGACUACGAAGUCAAACUCAAGCAGUUUCUCCAAAAGACCCAGGGAAAAUACAGACCUACAAUGCACAAAGAUGAUACGAUUCUCCAACUGACCGUUCCUUAUGAUGAGACGAAGAAGAUUAACCAUUUCGACGAGCUUUAUAUUGCUAUGGAGGAGGCAGGACUUUUUGAUGACUGGCGAUUAAAGGGAAAUAAGGUUGACGAUGAUAUUGUUUAUGAAAGCGACUUUGAGCCUUACUAA